CGUGCCGUGUAAAAGUACAAUUCUUUUUCUUUUUAACACCCAAAACUCAGUAGUAGUAGAAGUUGGUGAGGGGUUAUUUUUUUUGCGCUUCACGUGCGUGGAGCUUGCAUGGCCAUUCCGCCUAAUGCCUUGCUUUGAUUAAGUGCCUGAUGAGGUGAAUUCCUCGCAAUUCCGGACAGCUCGCGUGCACCCACGCGCCGCUCCGAUUGGCUGCCCUGAGCGCGCGCUGUAGUCUGUGCAGAGAUAAAAGCGCGGAGCUGGCGCGCGGUGCGCCAUUUAGUCCGUGCGCCGGAUUAACACGCUGAGUAAAGUCAAGUAAACCCGCACACCUCGCAUGGACAAAAGGACACGCACGCAGACACCUGUGAUUUGCCAGACCUGAUAGCAGACGCCGCAGUGGUUCGCAGUAAGUUCCCCGAAGCUGCUCAACAGGGUUUGUUUCCUCCUACCACUCCUUCUCAAGAGAGUAUGUGGCUCCUGGAGAAGAUCCGUGGCUCUGUGGAAGGCAAUGUGCUCCGUCAUCGCGACUCGGGUGACAGCCAGUCCAAAGGGCCCACCCACAGCAAUGUGCUCACACCCGAUAAGAUCCCCGACUUCUUCAUCCCACCCAAGUUGGUGUGCUGCCCCCCGGAGGCUGAUACUCCAGAGAUGAAGCCCAAAAACGGGCUGCACUCCUCCACAUCCGAGCAGACCAUCUGCAGCAAGACACCUCAGGGUGGCUCACGCAGCCCGCGCCUCAUUUGCAAGCUCACUGGGGAUACCAAGAACCUGCUCAAGGCUGCCAACCGCCACAUCAUCCAGAUCGAGAGUGCUGAUGACUUGGCAGCAGGUGACGUUGGUGACCUCACCACCAACGCUGACCCUCAGUCCCAAACAGCCAUGUCCUUGCCCUAUGUACCUAAAGCGCAGACCUCGUAUGGCUUUACUACUUUGAUGGAGAGCCCUCACACACGACGCAAGGAGUCGCUAUUCCACAGUGACCCCACCAGUCCGCUCACAUCCCCCAAUUCUCAGCGCAAGACACAAGGCAACAGCAACCACCUCAACCCAGGUGACUGCAAUACCUCACACUCCAACCCUUAUCGCUACUUCAGUGGAGGCGAGAGCGACACAUGCUCCUCAGCAGAGUCAUCACCAUUUGGCUCACCCUUGCUCUCAAGGUCAGCCUCGCUUCUUAGAAUGUUCACCCAUGAGACCCAGGCUAAAGUAUCACGUGCUAAGCGCUCCUUUGCCCGCCACAGCUCUCUCUCGACAGACGACUGCAGCUCGGUGGAAACCAGCCCCAACAUCCAGCGCCGCUUCAGGUGUCCACCUUCGCCUGCAUUCGGAAGCCGUAAAGCAGGCGCCAAUGUCGACCGCCUCACCCAGCACACUGUCAAACUGCACAAAGGGGGGACACUGCGCCUCUGCACGGACUACGACACAGAGGCGGCGCGGCUCCGGGUGCGCGUGCUUGCUGCUGAAGACCUUUACGAUAAGCAGGUUGAUGUGAAGAGCAUCAACUGCUGUGUGGCACUCUACCUGAACCCAGGCAAGCUGCAGAAGCAGAGAAGCAACAUCAUCAAAAACAGCCGCAAUCCUGUCUUCAACGAGGACUUCUUCUUUGACUCCUUGCCUGCUGCACAGGUCAAGAACCUGGCGAUAAAGAUGAAGGUGGUCAACAAAGGCACCAGCCUGAAACGGGACACGUUGCUUGGGGAGAGGGAGGUGCCCCUUAAAGAUCUGCUGCCUGGCUUUUAGUGCCAACCACAACAGACUCCACUGAACAGGAAGUACAGUCAGCCUGGACUGAAUCCAGAGCAAACAAAGUGUCCACUGUAAUGUUUUUCCUUCCUUCUUCCUGCUGCAAGAGGUGACCUUUCCAGUUAGAAGACUGAGAGUGUGUUAUUGACAAGGGUUCUGUAUGUCCACAUGUUCUGUGUGUAUGUUCAGGGCGUGUCAGUAUUUGAACUGUACAUAAAGCUCGCUGUAAGUGUCCUUUCAAAAGUGUGUGUGUGUCUGGCUCACUAUGGCAACUCAUGUCUGUAGAAGCCAGCUAACAUCUGUACAGCUGGUGAUGCAGCUGCUUUGCACUGUGCACAUGUACAAAGAGGCUUUGAAGUGCCACAAUGGCAAAUGCAAAUGCAUGCUUCAUAUCUGGUUUGAAAUUCUAAACUUGUGAGCGUGACAAAGACUUUUGUAUUUGCUAUCACUGUAGUGCCAGACUUUCCAUGUAAGCCUUUUCUUCAAUCUUAUCACUGGAGCAUGUGAGUGAUCUUGUUGAAUUGUUCUUGCUUAUAGUCCUUUGGUUCUAUGCUAUAAUUCUGCUUAUUUUCACUGAGUAGUUUUGUGGGACAAAUUCACCCUCCAGCCUUACAAAAGAGAUAAGCUGCACAUGUCGACUGGUACAUCGCAAAACGGACAUCUGUUAAUUAGACUUAUUGUACAACACCAAUCAAUUGUGAAUAAUGUAAAUAAUUGCUUAUCAUGUUGUACGUGUGUAUGACAGACCUUCAGCAUACUUGAGUACUUGCACAAUUGUCUUGGCAUGUUUGUUGAAAUUUAUGUGUAUAGCUGAGACAAACUUGCACAGAUAAAUGCAUAAGCUUUUUCUUACCACUUGUUGAACACAUUGGCUGUAACGGAACAGCUAAUGGAUAACAAUUGUAUAAUGUAGUGCCAAUAUUUAUUUUACUGUUUUAUGGAGUUGAGAUUUAUACUUUUCCAUGGCCAUAACAAAUGAUUUCAGUAUAGCCAAUUAUAAUUCCUUAUUAUAAAUCAUCUUAAUAGCAUCAGUGUAAUGGGCCAAAAAUGGCCACGGGUCCUUGUAAGCCUUCUUAUUUUUCAUUUACAGAGCCUUGAGAGCUCUGUAAUCUAAUUAGCAUUUAGGAGUCUCUGCAGUAUAGCACAAAUGAAAGCUAAAGCCACUGUUGGCAGACAUCAGACUUUGUCUAGUAGACAAUAGCACUUCUAGGCUGUUGUUUUUUUUUUGGCUGUUUACUCUUUUUUUAAAUUGAAUAUCUCACAAAUCACCUAAUUUUAGCUUGCUAGUAAUAACUCCUAAGGGUGAGAACUAUUAGAGAGAUGUCUUUGGUGCUAGAGGUGUUGGCUUGCUAGAGUGAGAGAGAGAGAGAGAGAGAGAGAGUCAUCCAUUGACAGCCUAUAUUUUACACUCUAUAGUAUCUGCAGGAACCAGACCAUUUUAAAUCCAUUUUCUUGGUUUUCUGCCGAAACAAUUCUUACUUUGACGGCACCAAUCAUACAUUUCUAGCUCUAUUUUGAGCACUCAUUUGCAACAGUCAAAUUGCAGGUAUUAGAUUCCCUAUUAGCUUUACUUCAAUGGCAGGUACUGUGAUUCUCUACAUGAACAGCAGAAGUACAAUUACACAAGGGGGAAUGACUUCUGACUUCUUGAAAUCUCUCAAAUUAAAAUGGCUGAAAGAAGGCCCUGCACUCUUUGGUGGAAAUGAAAGGACUCAGUGACGGCAUUCGAUUGAUAUUCAUUUCACUAUCCGUGUUUCUGUAGAUGAGAUUAAACUGUCUGGCGCUUGUGUUUAGAACCGAAUAUAAAAGAUAAAGUGCCUAUCCACUGAACUUGAUGCCUGUCCUUCUGUCUGUCAAGACGUAGGCCUCUGUGUGCGACCUUCCUCUUCCCUUAUUACUGUGUGCAGAUGCAUUAUCAACACUACCUUUAUUAAGUCCAAAUAGACGUACUGUAAUAUUGUACCUCCGAGUUAUAUUGUGUGGGUGUUUCUAUAUUUUCUGAUGCUGAAGGUGGAUAUUGUUGGUUUUGAGUGGAUGCGUUCGUCAUUGUGGGCUUUUAUUGUUUAUUACACCAAGCCGAGAUUCUAGCAGUGACUUUAUUCUUUGCCCGACUCUGUUUUCUGAAACUGUUUCACGUUUAUUUCUCCUUUCCAAUUUUCCAUUGAUCCUCCAAAUCCAAAGUGAAACAUGGUAUUGACCUGUCUAUUUUGGUGCCUCGUUCAAUAAAAGUUGUGUAAAUGGUGAUUUUUCU